AUGUCUACAAUUGAGUCAAAGAUUAGAAUAGAAGAUGAUCAACUAAGUUCCUCGAUGUCUUCCAAAGGACGCAAUGAGGAUCGGAAUCAGGAAUGGUUUAAUGCUGAUGUUGAUACAAAUCGGACUGGGUACUGUCGGCACCUUCGUGAAGAGGUGGCAACAUUGGUGAAGAAUGGUCACCUUAGAGAGAUUUUAAGUGAUCGGGCCAAGAAUAACUAUGGAAAAAAUCUAGAUGUUGCAGAACCAUCAAAUCUAGAUGCGGAGUCACCUCGUAUGACGAUGCACAUGAUAUUUGGUGGAGAUGAAGUAAAUAGGGUGAUAUUUUCAACAACAAUGAAGACGAAAAUAUCGAUAACUCAUGGCAAUAGGAUCCGAGAAGUUUUAGAAGAUGACAUCACCCUUAUAGAAGAGGAUGAUGACAGACUUCUUCUACCGCACAAUGAUGAUCUAGUAAAUUCUUUUAAUGUUUUAGAUUUCAAAAUUAAACGUGUAUUGGUUGAUCCAGGAAGUUCAACCAACAUCAUACAAUGGAGAGUUUUGGAGCAAGCCAAUUUAACUGGAAACAUAGUUCCGGCAACAAAGCUUUUAUCUUGGUUCAACUUAACAAGCGUUACGACUCGAGGAGAGAUAUUGCUGCCCACGCAUGCUGAAGGCGUACAGGAAACCACUAUGUUCGAAGUGGUAGAUGGUUACAUGGGAUAUAACGUGAUCCUUGGAAGGCUUUGGAUACAUGAAAUAAAUGCCGUACCGCCAACAUAUCAUUGA